UCACACACAGUUUAAAAAUCCUUCAGAGAACAAAGUUUCAGACUUGAAGUAUAUUAUUUAUUUUGCAGCAUUUACUUAAAGUUACAGAAUCGCAUGGCUUUGUCUCACUUUGUCAGCAUGCUGCCUAUAAAGAGGGUUGCUAUUUUUGGAGGCACCCAUGGAAAUGAAAUGUCAGGAGUAUAUUUAGUCAAACAGUGGUUGAAAAAUGAGACUGAGAUCCAGCGAGCAGGACUGGAGGUCCGACCUGUCAUUUCCAAUCCUAGGGCUGUUGAGAAAUGUACUCGAUACAUCGACUCUGAUCUGAAUAGACUAUUUGGCUCAGAGUACCUCAGUGCACAAGAGACAGACAGCAUGCCUUACGAAGUCAGAAGAGCUCAGGAAUUAAAUCAUAUGUUUGGACCCAAAGGAAGUGAGGGUGCUUUUGACUUGAUUCUAGAUCUGCAUAAUACAACCUCCAACAUGGGGGGCACAUUCAUUAUUGGGGACUCGAGAGACGACUUUCUGCUUCAGAUGAUUCAUUAUGUUAAGAAUGCUUUGGCACCAACCGUCUGCUCCGUUUUACUGAAUGAUCAUCCCGACCUAAAAUACGCUCCUACCCGCUCUAUAGCAAAGCACCCACUUGGCAUUGAAGUUGGACCCCAGCCACAAGGAGUUCUCAGAUAUGAUAUCCUUGACAAAAUGAAGAAAAUUGUUACACAUGCAAUGGAUUUCGUGCAGCUUUUUAAUGAAGGCAGAGAAUUCCCUCCUUGCAGUGUUGAUGCCUACAAAGUAAUAGAAGCAGUGGAUUAUCCUAGGUGUGUUGAUGGAGACAUUGCAGCAGCAGUCCAUCCCAGGCUUCAGGACCAGGACUGGCAGCCUCUAAAACCUGGGGACCCAAUAUUUGCAGGAUUCGAUGGGAGGACAAUUGCCUAUCAAGGUGAAAACACAGUAUACCCAACGUUUGUGAAUGAAGCUGCUUACUACGAAAAGCAUCAAGCCUUUUUUAACACCAUUAAAGUUCAGAUAGCUGCACGUCCUAUACAUGUUUUUCAGACAUAAUAAAAACAGACAAACUCCAUCUGCUGAACAGCAGAAUCAUUUGAUCAGACAGAGACAUUUCUACAAUCUUCAAAUAUUUUACACAAACAGCUGAUGAUUUUUAUAGCAAUGUAGUAAUUGUGGCGCACCACUUAGAGUGGCUUGACCCACAGACAAGGACAAUGGUCAAUACUUUAUUUUUGCACUAACAGGAUAACAAUGCUGGUAUUGUAGCUAUCAAUCAAUACAUCCAAGGAAGAUUUUCCUGUCACCUGAUAGUAGAGCAAAGGAAUAUUUUUAUAUUUUUACAUUUUCUGGGAAUCUUACUUAUGUACUAGUUCUCUUCAAGACAACUCUUUGAAACAAAUGAGUAUGGUGCACUCAUCAUGUGGCACAUACAUUUAUUUUUAAGGGAUUGAUAGUUUGCUCUAUCAGAGAGCAUCAUCUGAUUUAUGUUGAUACAAUAAUGCUGCUAUAAUAAUGCAAAUCACUAUGCAAAAUUAAUAUAGCUAGGUGUUGCUAGUUUUUUGAUUGUGUAUAAUAUACUCAACAUUUGGGUAUACGUUGCCUGCAUAACAGCCUUAACAAGGAUAACAGAGUGUGUUUGAGCAGCAGACACUGUUGCAGUAUAUAACAUGUUGCUUCUUUUUACAAAGGUGUAUGGAUUUGAAUUUUAAAAUGUCAUUUUUAUUCUGCUGUAUGGCACCUACAGUACUACUGAACUGUAGCAGAGUUGGAGUUUGCUUCCAAACAUCUCCUAAGUAGUAGAAGAUAAAGGGACACGUUGACCAAAUGCAGAGUUGUGCAGAUUAGAUGUGGUGCAUUUUCCCAUAGUGGAUUUUACCAAAUGCUAUUUACUGAAAUUAAAUAAAGACAGGGGAGACUACAGUAAAAAGAAAUAUCAAAUAAAAACCUGUAUCAAUGCAAGGGGGAGGACAGCCUCCUGCAUACUACACACACUAAUUAUAAUCAGUACUGAGACUGCAGUACCCUGGGGAAUAUUGAAUUUUCUUUUAAAAAAUAAAGUUUUGUUCAGUUUUAUUUGAGAAAAUGGCAUUCUGUAACAUUCAGUUUAAGUAAAAUUCAGAUACCACUCAAGGUACAUAACAAUAAAUUAAAAAUUUAAAUGUAUAUAGUAAAGUACAGCAUAGCACACACACUGUCUGAUAGUAACAUAAAUUUGAACUUAAAUGAAUAUACUAUAUAGAUAGCUUGUGUGUGGGCAAAAUUAAUGCAGUUUAUUCUUUAUAUUAUUGUAGCUGUUUGGGAUGAUGUAUAGCUAACUGGUAACAUUUUACUUGAAUGACAACAUUUUGCCAUUCUUCCUAUGUUCUGGGAAGUACUGAAAGCUCUUUUAUUGAAAUCAACUUUUUUUUAUUAUUGACUGUUGUAUUCACUAUUUUAAUGUUCAUAUCUGCUUAUUUAAGCACAUAGAUUUAGGGAAUUUAAUAAUUUGUUACGAUCAUAAUGAACUGAAUCAAAAUACAAGUCCUUCUCUGAGUUGUAAGGACAGACCACCAAGGCCAUCAUAUGGAAGAUGGCUUGUAAACAUUUCUGUUGGUGAAUACUCAUAAUGUAGCUUGCUUUAAAACAUUAGAGAUUUAAGGAAUUCUGCUAUCUUUCAUUAACAAAUCAAGGAUAUAUACUGGUAAAACUACUGCUGUAUUUUGUUGCAUAAAUUAUUUUAAUAUUAUGUACAGUUCUGUAGAUUUAAAGCUGUGUUUUUAUCAGUUGAGAAUUAAAAGUCAGAUUAACUACAUCUGAUUAAAUUUGGAAAAUGUAGUAGAUGUUUAGUUUAUAUUUUGUUUUGGUGUAUUACAUCACAGAUAAUGUCAGCCUUUGAUUAGAACAAAGAAAAUGGAAAUGUGUUUUUUGUUUUUAAAAAAGUACAUUCUGUUGCAGAAGUGGCAGAGUUUAGGAAAUAAAAAAGGCAUUAAACUGACAAACUACAACAUUAGAACUGACAAACUAAAACAUUAGAAUAAUGUAGUUUACUUGGGGUAAAAUGUGCUAAUAUUAAUAUUAUUUAAUGAUGCUUAUAUGUGAAUUAGCACAUUCGAGAAAUCUUACCUGUAUGCAUUUUUGCACUUUAUGUUGUAACUGCCUUAAUAUAAAGUAUGUAAGAGGUAGAUCCAGGGGAUAAUCUGGUUACAGAUGGAUAUGAAUGAAUGAAUGAAUAAAUUAAUGUUUAUAAAGGCCCUGAAUAUGAAAUGGUGAUUAAAAUACUGUAGCCACUUUUGUUAAAAACCUGCACGGCAAGCCAGGAGAACCUUGUGCUAUAAAGAUGUGACAGAAUUUUUUUAAAUCUACUCUCAGUACAAUAAUUGCUCCUUGUAAGACCAACUGUGAAAAUAAAUGGAAACUGUUAAAAUAUGCAAAGCAGUUAGGAUUUUUAUCAUGUCAGAUAUCCAGAACAGGACAUUUCUUACUGAUGCAUGGUAUUUUACAGCACUGAGCAGACUCUCAACUAAUGCAUAUUAUGUAUUUUCAGCUUGCCCUGAAAAUAAAAAGUCAUUGCUGCAUCA